GCGACGUGGCGUAGAAUGUUUCUACGUUUCGGCAUCCAGGACUCCAAUUUACAGUCCACGCCCCUAAUUCGGGCAACGAGGAAAAAUGCAUCCAUCGUGAUAGACUCGUAAUCCCGGCAGUCUCCUCUCCUCCCUGGCUAGCUAACUUCCAUUCCAUGUCGUCUCCACUUCGUCUCCCGUUUUAACCCAGCCUACGAAGAAUUCCAAGGACGCGCACAGCAAAGGGAAGAGGACCGAGAGAGAGAGAGAGAGAUCAGACAUGCGAGCAACAAUGGCGGCCCGGGGGCACGGGAGGAGGCUCGCGGCUGCGCUGUGGCUCGUCGUGGUGGCGGCGAGCGCGGCGUCGGCCCGGUUCGUGGUGGAGAAGAACGGCGUCAAGGUGCUUUCGCCGCGCUCGCUCCGUGGCCAUCACGAGGCCUCCAUCGCCAACUACGGCGUCCCGGACUACGGCGGCACGCUCACGGGCGUCGUGCUGUACCCGCAGGACGCCAAGCUCGCCACCGGCUGCGACCCCUUCGGCGCCGCCUCGCCCUUCAAGUCCCGGUCCGGCCGCCCCGUCGUCCUCCUCGUCGACCGCGGAGGCUGCUACUUCGCGCUCAAGACGUGGAACGCGCAGGAGGCGGGAGCGGCGGCGGUGCUGGUGGCCGACAUAGUCGACGAGCCGCUCUUGACAAUGGACACUCCCGAGGAGCAGACACCCGACAUGGCUUUCCUCGCCAACAUCACGGCCCCCUCGGCGCUCAUCUCAAAGCGCUUCGGCGACGCCCUCCGCCUCGCCGCCGCCGAUUCCUCCUCUUCCUCCUCCUCCUCCUCCGAAGAAGUCGUGAUCCGGCUCGACUGGCGCGAAUCCAUGCCGAACCCGGACUCCAGGGUCGAGUACGAGUUCUGGACCAACAGCAACGACGAGUGCGGGGCACGGUGCGACGAGCAGCAGUCCUUCGUGUCGUCCUUCCGCGGGCACGCGCAGCUGCUGGAGAAGUCCGGCUUCGCGGCCUUCACGCCGCACUACAUCACCUGGUUCUGCCCGGAGGAGUACCUGCAGACGAGGCAGUGCGAGGCGCAGUGCAUCAACAAGGGCCGGUACUGCGCGCCGGACCCGGAGCAGGAGAUCGGGGCCGGGUACGACGGCAAGGACGUGGUGCUGGAGAACUUGCGGCAGCUCUGCGUGCACCGCGUGGCGAGCGCCAGGAACGUGUCGUGGGUCUGGUGGGACUUCGUGGUGGAUUACCGUGUGAGGUGCUCGAUGAAGGAGGAGAAGUAUAGCCGGCAAUGCGCCCGGGAUGUGGUGAGUUCCCUUGGUUUGCCGGUGGAGAUGGUCGAGGAGUGUAUGGGGGAUCCUGAGGCCGACGCCGACAAUGACGUGCUCAGGACGGAGCAGAUUGUUCAGGUUGGACAGGGCAGCCGAGGGGACGUGACCAUCUUGCCGACGCUGGUGAUCAACAACGUGCAGUAUCGUGGCAAACUGGAAAGCACUGCAGUUCUCAAGGCGAUCUGCGCUGGUUUCAAGGAGUCUACCGAGCCUCCUGUCUGCUUGACACAAGACCUGGAAACCGACGAGUGUCUCAACAACAACGGCGGCUGCUGGCGCGACGACAAGACCAACAUCACAGCCUGCAAGGACACCUACAGGGGAAGGAUUUGCGAGUGCCCCGUGGUGGACGGCGUCCAGUACCAAGGAGACGGGUACAUGGACUGCAAAGCCGUCGGGCCCGGGCGUUGCGCCGUGGACAACGGCGGGUGCUGGAAGGGCACGAGGGACGGCAAGACCUUCUCUGCCUGCGCGGGUUCGGAGUCGCUGAGCGGGUGCAGCUGCCCGGCGGGGUUCAAGGGAGACGGGCUCCACUGCGAAGACAUUGACGAAUGUGGAGAGAAGCUGGCGUGCUCCUGCCCGAGCUGCUCCUGCAAGAACACCUGGGGCGGCUACGACUGCAGCUGCGGGAGCGGCCUCCUGUACAUCAAGGUCGAGGACACCUGCGUCGGGAAGAGCACGUCGGCGAUGGGGUGGCUGGCGACGGCGUUGGUGCUGUCCUGCCUCGUCGGCUCCGGGAUCGUCGGGUUCGCGUUCUACAAGUACAGGCUUAGGCGAUACAUGGACUCGGAAGUCAUGGCGAUCAUGUCGCAGUACAUGCCUCUCGACAGCCAGACAACCGAGAACCGGCCACUGAGGGAGGAGGCCGUGCAAGCGUAGGCAGUUGCAGGGGUUGAUUGCCAACAGUUUGCACUAGCCCUGAGGCUUCAAGAUUUUCGACGGAUGGUGAAUACCAUGGCUGUACAUUACAUAAGUUCCAUACAUAUUUACCUGACAGGAGCUCCUGCAUCAUCAGCUGCUUGGUGCUUUAUUAGUAGAGAAAGGUGCCAGAUAGAUUUUCAUACGGAUGCAGAGAUAGCGCAUAGAUGAUAGAUGAAGCAGUCCAUUACUGUACAAAAUUGAGAUCAUCAUGUACACUGCAGACAUAACAAGAAUGGCUGACGGUGAUAUGAGAGAACAGUAGGAUGUGUUGGUAUUUGUGAAUUUGUGGCAUGAAUAGAAGAAGAGUAAACAGAAAAGGCUUGCAUUGAA